AUGCCCGGUGCUGCAAGGAAUUUGGCAGAAGAGUGGAUCUCUGAUUGCUAUGUGCAUCAAAGGGAAAGCUUACGUGGUUCAAAAACUUACAAGGUUCCUCGUCGUCCAUUUGAAAAGGAACGAAUUGAUCAGGAACUCCGUUUAAUCGGCGAAUUUGGUCUUCGAAACAAACGUGAAAUCUGGCGCGUAGCUUAUACACUUUCAAAUAUUCGUCGUGCAGCACGUGAAUUGCUCACAUUAGAUGAUAAAGAUCCUCGCCGACUUUUCGAAGGAAAUGCUUUGAUCCGAAGACUUGUUAGAAUUGGUGUCUUGGAUGAGACUAAAAUGAAACUUGAUUAUGUCUUGGCUUUGAAAAUUGAAGAUUUCUUGGAACGAAGGUUACAAACUCAAGUUUUUAAACUGGGUUUGGCCAAAUCAAUUCAUCAUGCUCGUGUUCUCAUUAGGCAACGUCAUAUUCGUGUUGGAAAACAAAUAGUUGAUAUUCCAAGUUUUAUUGUUCGCCUUGACUCUCAGAAGCAUAUUGAUUUUGCCCUUACCUCACCUUAUGGUGGUGGUCGCCCUGGCCGUGUAAGAAGAAAACGUCAACGAAGCGCUACUAAAGGUGACGAAGAGGAAGAAGACGUAUAA